AUGUACAGCAGUGAUGGUAAAAAGCACUCUAGUGGACUAUGGUAUUCUAAAUCCAUAGAUCUCGAUGACAAAUCGUUGGCGGAUAGUGAUUCGAAGGAUCAGUAUAUACCUUCACGAUUUGGCUCACAAAUUUCCAAUUAUGAACAAAUGGAGUUACGGUGUGAACCUGAGUUGAAGGUCAUUGAAGUGCCCGAAGAACUUGCAGUUUCACCUUCUCAGUUAAGUGAUUUGGAUAGUGACACAUCAGAAGUGGAUUAUAUUGCAAAGAUCGUUAUUCCUUCUUCCGAUGGCUCAUAUAUUCAGCCGGCUGUUGAUAACGCUUGGGUCGGUAAUAAUGUAUGGGCUGAUGUCCGCUGUGUAUGUGGUCACUCUCAACCUAAAUCCGGACUUAUACGAUGUCCCAAAUGCAGUACUUGUCAACAUGUGCAGUGUAUGGAGUCAUAUUACAAUGUUACUAUGCCUCGAUUGAGUGAUGGAUAUACCUGCAAUGUAUGUGGAAAUGAAAAUACUGAAUUUCAAGGUACAUCUAACCAAUCAUCGGACACAACAACAAAUGCCAGUGCAAACAAGGAUUGUGUUGCUCUAAAUGAUGAUACUACGAAUUUUAUUGAUGCUGCUAAUAAUUCGUCAAUAAAAUUGACUCAAUCUUCUGAUGGGAACAUUGGAGCUCAGUAUGUAGAAGUUGCUGCUGAUAGAGCGAAAAGAUUGGGUCUUUUGUCGAAUAACUGCAAACUGGAUGCUGAUGGUUCUACGUUUUCUGGGUCUUGGUCUGGUCACUCUGUUGUAAAAGAACAUGAUACUACUGGACGUUCUGGUUGGUCGUCUGUGAAUUGGGAAAAAUUGAACGAAAUUUCUCGUUCUGGUCGCAGGCAUCAUGGUGAUACAGAUGUCAAUUUGAGAAUGCCAUCUCCUCCAAGAGCAUCCAAGCGGAAGCAAGACCUAACUUCUACAUCGUAUAAUGACACAGAAGUUGCCGCAGCCGAUUCGUCUUCUGAACAAAAUUCCAACACUACCGUUAUUUUACCAAAUAGUGGUGAUGAGUCAUCUUCUGUAGAUGUAACACCUUCGAGCACACCGUCAAAUACUCCAAUGAAACCAGGGACUUUACCACUCACUCCUGUCACUCCCACAAGUACACCUGGUGGCACGCUUACACCUGGUUCUGGAUACAGUAGUUCUUCAGGUGUAGAAGGCAGUCCACGUCGUCACAGACUAGGUAUUGAUCGUUCAACUAAUAAAGUCAGAAGAGUUCUGUUUUCCGAUGGCUCCAAUUCAACGAAGCGUCGUUUUGACGCUCGAACUAAUCCUCUUGGUGCAGCUUGGGCUAAGGACUAUCAGGAAGCUGAAAAUAAUGUUUAUACGAAAGCUCUGCUCGAACGUAUACAGAGUAGAAUAUCUGCUAGCGUCGAGCGAAAUCAUAAAAUCCCCCCGGCAUGCUUAACUCGGAGUUCGCUUUGUCGAGUUGUCCUUUUUGAUCAUAAUGAUAAGGGCUUAGAAGCAUCAAUCAGAUUAGCACCGAAUGAAGUUGUGACAGAAGUUCGAGGUCAUUUCUUACUGAUGGAAGAAUAUGAACAUUAUGUAGAUCCUGUUUCCGACUAUAAUCGUUACGUUAUGUUUUAUCGUGGGUUUGGCGAUCGGACGGUUGUCAUUGACUCUAGUCAAUAUGGAAAUAGUGCACGAUUUGUUCGACGUUCAUGUAUUCCGAAUUGUAGACUCGAGCAUUACGUUGUUCAAAAUAAACUUAAAAUUGUAAUUCGUACGUCUGUUGAAGUGAUGCCCGGGACUGAGUUAACCAUACCUUUUGACUUGGACUACCGAGCGUGUCGUUAUCCUUUGGAUUGUGCUUGUGCAAGAUCUCGUUGUCCUGUUCUAAAGUGGCGACGAAAAUUGCUUCGAAAUAAAGUGGUGCCCAACUUGGAUUAUAGUAAAUAUAUUGAAUCACAGCUCAGAGUACUUUCCAAACCUUUAUCUCAAGAAAGUCCGACAAAUAGAUCUUUUGAUUCCAGUAGUUUAACAGCAUCUCCAUUAGUAAAAACAUCUGCCACUUCAAACAGUGCUAUGAAUCAACCUAUCGGUUUAUCACCUAAUGUUAAUUACAAUUUGUAUAAUAUAAAAUCAUCACCUGGUACUUUUCGUAGAGAGGUUGAGCUACCCAUCCAUGACUGUGAUUCUUUGAUUGCUGAAAAAACAACUCAGAGUGAUUUAGAUUUAAAUACAACUGAACAUUUAGACAGUUCUGUUUCCUUGAACUGUGCAUCGUCUUCUACGCUUAUAAAUCAAAGGGAAAGUAAUGAACAGGUUAAUUCAGAUCUUAUCAAUUCCGAGAAUAAGAAUGUUACCGAAUCUGAUUUCGUAACUGACGAAAAUCAAAUUCCUGAAACUUCUCAACCUGUAGAUAUAUCAGCUGAAAGCAAUUCAAGAACAUCUUCAACGAAGAUUAAAGAUUCUUCAUUUCGGAAAAAUCAAAAUACGAGUGAAGAAAAACUGCCUUUUGAACCUAUCAUUACUACAAGAAGACAGGCUGCAGCUUUGAAAAAUAUCUUAAGAUAG